AUGAAGAUAACAAUCGUCACUUCAAGAGGCAACAAGCAUAUUUGCGACAUUGAGGCCGAGACCACCUCAACUGUUCUCCAACUCAAGAAGAGCUUUGAGAAGAAGAACAAGAAGUAUUAUGUUGACAGACAGAGAUUCACUACUUCGACCUUGGGCGCUGAUGGAAAGCCUGUGGCUUUGACUGAUGAUGGAAAGACUCUGUCACAUUACAACAUCAAGUCGGACACUACCCUCUUGUUCAAGGACUUGGGACCCCAGAUCUCCUGGACACUCGUGUUCCUCGUCGAGUACGCAGGCCCACUCUGCAUCUACCCACUGUUCUACAUCUUCUCCAAGCAGAUCUACGGAACUGACUUCCAAAAGAGCUACGUCCAGGACCUGGCACUGAUCUGCUACAGUCUCCACUACAUCAAGCGUCUUCUCGAGACGAUCUUUGUGCACAGAUUCAGCCACGGCACCAUGCCCCUGUCCAACCUGUUCAAGAACUGCACCUACUACUGGGGUUGCACCAUCAUGGUGUCCUACUUUGUCAACCACGCCCUGUACACCGCGCCAUCAUCGAUCAACGUCUUUGUUGGUCUGGUUCUCUUUGCCGUCAGCGAGUUCCUCAACCUCAUGUGCCACAUCCAACUGCGCAACCUCCGUCCACCCGGUUCCACCGAGCGUCGCAUCCCCAAGGGAGGUCUCUUUGACCUUGUCUCAUGUCCCAACUACACCGCCGAGAUCACCGCUUGGAUUGGAUUCUCCAUCAUGACUCAGACCCUCACUGCCUUCAUCUUCACACUUUUGGGUGCCUUCCAGAUGUACGUCUGGGCUGUUGCCAAGCACAGAAGAUACCGCAAGGAGUUCGAUGGCCAGAAUGGCAACCCACUCUACCCAAGAAACAGAAAGAUCAUCGUUCCAUUCCUCCUCUAA